CACCUCUUUUCCUGCCAUCCUUACUCGACUCUUCAUGUCAAUCGUUGUGAUCGAAUGCAAAAUACCCCUCCUACGCAUAUAAACCCCCGCAAUUCAUGAUCAGACAGCCGCUUUCACCAAAUUCAUUCGUUCUCCUAUCGGUUGAGGAUGGCGCCCCAAUCAAGGGGUAAGAAUGAGACAGCUACUCCUACUCCUGCAAAAGAGGGAACGACAUCAAUUAAAGGAUUCGUAGGAGGACUUGCAUCAGGUUUAACAAAAGUAGCAGUUGGUCAACCUUUUGAUAUCAUUAAAACACGUUUGCAAUGUUCUCCUGUUGGAACUUAUCGUGGACCUUUGGAUUGUCUUGGUCAAAUUGCAAAAAGGGAAGGUUUAUUGAGUUUAUAUAAAGGCUCCUCUCCGCCUGCAGUCGGUUGGGCAUUUGCCGAUAGUGUUUUGAUGGGAAGUUUACAUACUUAUCGUUUAACCCUGAGUAGAUGGUACGGAUAUGGAGAAGGGACAGGGAAGAGAUUACCUACCCAGCUUCAUGCGUUAGCCGGACUUGGAGCAGGGGUAACGAACAGCCUAGUAAUGACCCCAAUCGAAACGCUCAAGAGUAAAUUACAAAUGCAAACACAAAGAACAACAAUUCACAUUCCUGGAAGAGGAAGGGUUGAAACUGUCAAACGUGAAUUCUCAGGUCCGAUCGAUUGUAUCAUGCAAACUGUUCGACAACAAGGUGUUUUGGGAUUAUGGAAAACCUUGCCGAUAACGAUGAUCUUUCGUGCAAACUUUGCAGUCAUGUUUGGAGGAUAUGAUUUCUUUCAAAGACAGUUUGAAAAGCUGAAGGGAACGAAGUAUGAACUUGGCUCUGGUAUCUCGACUUUCUUAUCAGGAGGAUUAGCGGCUGAAUUCUUCUGGUUAGCUGCUUUGCCGGCUGAUACAGUAAAGAACAGGAUGAUGGCAGAUUCCCUCUACAAUCCUCGUUAUCCGACCAUAAGAAUAGCUUUCUUAUCUGUUUGGAAUGAAAAGGGACCCAACGCUUCCACCAUCAGACGAAUGCAAUCGUUUUACAAAGGAUGCUCGGUAGCCCUUUUGCGAGCAUUUCCCACCAAUGCAGCCGCUCUUUUUGCAUUCGAGACUGCCAUGCAUCUAAUGGGAGCAGAAAAGACGACAACAAAGUGAACAAAGAGAGAGCAUUUGAAUCCAUUAAUUGUAUUUGUAUUAUACCUGUAAAGUCAUCAUCACCACUUAGAAUGUCAACUUAUAGACUCU